AUGGUCAACAAGACCUGUUGAUGUCACGUCAAUACCAUCAGUGUUGUCCUCUGUGCUGGUCACUGGGCGUUGGUCUUCCUUUAUUAAGGACAAACACACUAUCUGACCUUUAUUAUAAACCCUUGACCGGCUUAAACAGGAAUAUUUCAGAUUAUAACUCAAAAUAUGGGAAGUUCACUGAUAGUCUUGUAGGUUGUUUGAUGGCUUACACAGGAAUUACUUUGAAGGCUGCCACAAGUUACCUAGAGUGAAACAACAUAUCAACAGUCGUGGAAACAACAGAAUACCGAACUUUAUUAUGCAUAUACGUCCCAAAAAUACUCGAAUAUGUGACUGCAUUUCAUGAUUAACAGUUUAGUCAAUUAAACACAUAGAAAUAUGGUAUCAGAGUGUGGUAAUGUGAUGGUAUGGGAGCCACCUUUCAUGGUAGAGCAGACACCAUGACCUCAGUAAGGCAAGAUAACACUGGUGGACGGAGAAGUAUAUUACAUAGUCAACCUACUCCUUCACACACACCCUCCAUCAGUGCCCACCACACCAUCACAGGCAACAUUACUGUGAAUGAUGGUCAGACAGGAAGGAGAGAGUGGACUCUUGACGGUGUCAGCGCUCGUAGACGACAUUCUGCUCUUCCUAACCCACAUAGUUACCGGUCGGUGGGGUCAUCGUUGGCCUUGUCCUUAGGAAGUGUGCGGACAGUGGAAGCCUUCACUCCUGCCUCCCGCAUGCGGGGAACUAUGGUGGGCCGCCCACCCAAGCUUGGGGUGUUCCGCCCACGACCAGCCCCGCCCACAACCUUCAGAAAGAUGUACGAACGUGGAGACGUGCCCGUAACCUUACAUCACGACCACCACGGACACAACCUUCGCUGGAAGGUGGAGGUGGAGAAGUUGGACUAUCAUCACUACCUGCCUCUCUUCUUCGACGGUCUAAGGGAGGUCACUCACCCUUAUGACUUCUUCAGCAGGGCAGGCAUCCGUGAGCUACUUGCCCGCGGGGGAGACAAGAUCCUCCCAGUCAUUCCCCAGCUCAUCCUCCCCAUUAAGAGCGCCCUCAAUACUCGGGACGUGAGGGUGAUAUGUACAGUGUUGAAGGUGCUACAGGAACUGGUCAUGUCUGCGCCUCUGGUCGGGGAAUCCCUUGUUCCCUACUAUAGGCAGAUUCUUCCCACUCUCAACCUUUUCAAACACAAAAAUGUAAAUUCCGGAGACGAGAUUGACUACUCGCAGCAGCGGAGGGAGAACCUGGGGGACCUGAUCCAGGAGACGCUGGAGAUCCUGGAGAGACAUGGAGGCCGCGACGCCUAUAUUAACAUCAAAUAUAUGGUACCAACCUACCAGUCGUGCGUCAUGAACUGAAGAAAUUACCAGCCAGGUUAUUCCAUCCAGUUAGUGGAGUUGCAAGUAUUAUCACUGAUAAGCCAAUAUAACUCCAGCGAAGAACUUCCAACUGGCUAAAUGGAUUUUGUGCAAGAGUAUGUUUAUUGUGACGAUUUCAGGUUCACUCUUAAUAAUAUUAAGAGUAACUGGUGUAAGAAAUGUAAUUAAUGUAACCGUACGUAGCCUAUAAUGAUUCAAUUACAUGGAACUUGUGACACGUCUAGGGUGUAGCCCCUGGCUAAUAUUGUCCACUAUGCUGUCACCAUUACGGGUUAAUUACGUAUUCUUAUUGUAAAAAUAUUUGGUGAAUAUGGUAUAAAAUACUGACAAGUUGAAGAUUAUGACACAUGUACAACAGUUGGGUAUCUUUAUUGAUGAGAUGUUUCGCCUACACAGUAGGCUUCUUCAGUUAAAUACAGAGGAAGAAGGUGUAGUAGUGAAAUGCAGAUGAUGUAAUCAGUCCAUCAAGCUUGGAGUAAUAGUAUUCGAGGUGAUCAGUCCCUCAACCUUGGACUGAUUUCAACUGUAUUUCACUACUACACCUGCUGCCUCUGUAUUUGACUGAAGAAGCCUACUGUGUAGGCGAAACAUCUCAUCAAUAAAGAUACCCAAGUGUUGCACAUGUGUCUUAAUGUGUAAUAAUAGUGUUCAUCCUACUAGUGGUGUGGAUGAUGUAACAUGUUGCGUACACGAAUAUACUGGAGUGUACCUGGAGAGGGUCUCGAGGGUCAACGCCCCCGCGGCUCGGUCUGAGACCAGGUCUUGUGGUGGAUCAGGGUCUGAUCAACCAGGCUGUUACUGCUGGUCGCACGCAAACUGACGUACGAACUACAGUCCGGCUGGUCAGGAAAUGACUUUAGAUGCCUGUCCAAUGCCUUCUAGAAGACAGCCAGGGGCCUUGAAGACAGUCAGGGGUCUUGAAGACAGUCAGGGAUCUUGAAGACAGCCAGAGGUCUUGAAAACAGCCAGGGGUCUUGAAGACAGCCAGGGGUCUUGAAGACAGCCAGGAGUCUUGAAGACAGCCAGGGGUCUUGAAGACAGCCAGGGAGGCAGUUGAACAGUCUGGGAACCCUGACACUUACCAUGUUGUCUCUCAGUGUACGCGUGGCGCCCCUGCUAUUCAUCAGGGGAAUGUUCCAUUUCCUGCCGAGUCUUUUGCUUUCAUAGGGAGUGAUUUUCGUGUGCAGGUUUGGUACUAAUCCCUCUAGGAUUUUCCAAGUGUAUAUUAUCAUGUAUCUCUCUCGCCUGCGCUCCAGGGAAUACAGAUCGAGGGCCUAGCACAGUAUUAUAACCUAGACAUAUAACAAUAUAACACCCUAGGUCUUUUAUUUUGUUUUUCUUAUUUAGGCAUAUGAUAUAAUCAAUCUACAGUGAUAUUAAAGGACUUGAGUGGAAAUAAGCCAGGCUGGCUUUCUUGGGGGUUAUCCUGGGUUAGCCGUAGUAAAUAUUCCCAAUAAAAACUUUAAUAUAUAAGUUAGGUGAAGCAUAAUGGUUCAGAGAACCGACACAUUGAUAAAUUAGACACAUGUACAACUCAGUAAAGAUACCCGAGAGUUGCACAUGUGUCUAAUUUAUCAAGUUAGGUGAUAAAUUAAGUGAUAUAAUCGUACUUCAAAGUUUAUCCAAGCUAGAAUAAGUUACUGCUGUAGUUUGGGGGUAAGAAUGAAAAAAAAAAUGUCUGCUAUACCAGAAGUCCAUAGUAACAUACAGUAUAACUUACAUAAGACAAGACAGAAUUUCCAUGUAAACCGAAAUUUAUAUUGCUUGUUAUGUAGUUGGUGAGGGGCUCUUGAUUUAGGGAAUUGGAUCUGUGCUCCAGUUCCCCGAAUUAAGCCUGAAUGCCUUCCACAUCCCCCCCCCCGGCGCUGUAUAAUCCUCCGGGUUUAGCGCUUCCCCUUGAUUAUAAUAAUAAUAAUAAUAAUUCUUGUUAUGUAUAAUAUUUUAGCAUGAUACAUGUUGGUACAAAGGAAUAUAACAACUGGUGUACAUACCAAAAACACCUUUAUAUGCAGAACACUUUGUUCUAACUUAAGAUUGAUAAAACAAUAAGUGUAGUAACUGUAUAUAUGGUAAUUAUGUGAAUUAUACUGAAUACGAGAACAUUUAAUAUUUAUCUUCAUUUAUAUAUUUAUUACAGCUUAAAUAUCAAUGUUAUUUAUAUGUAAAUAAAAUUUUAACUGGUAAUACAUUCACAGGAUUUCCCGUCUUAUUAUCUAUCUAUCUAUCUAUCUAUCUAUGGGUAAUAAUGGGUAAAACUUGCGAUUUUGGCUUAGAUAGUAAUGCUCUUCUUGCCGAAUAAGGCAAGCGAAAAUUUGUGUAUGCAAUAAUAUUGCAAAAAUCAUUCUAGACCUAACGAAAAAAAUGUUCCAUUGUGUUUGUUUAUUAUUAAAUUAUUGUAAACUUGUCUAGAAUAUAUUUAACUGGAUUAGACUAAAUUAAAUUGCGCUUGUUAUAAUAAGGUCAGGUAAGUUUUCUAAAGUUCUUUUGGUACAAAACUGUUAAUUUUUACAUUAACAUAAAUUAAAAAAUAUAUAUCUUUAAACGCAUAAGAGAAAAUUUUAGAAAUGACUUAAUUUUAAAUGAGUUCUUGCUGACCAAUUUUACCUAUUCGGCACGACAUAUUUAAACAGCAGACGACACCAACAAGAUCCAAAUACAUUGUGUUUACCACUAAAACUUUCACUGAUAUUCUUUGUAAUAUAUAUUAUCUUCUGUGAUAUUGUUGGAUUAAAUACAAAUUCUUAUGACGUUAUACAUUCUUUCAUUUUUCUUAUGUGCGUGUACUCUCCUAGUUGUGGUUGCAAGGGUCGAAUCAUAGCUCCUGCACGUGUGUGUGUGUGUGUAUGUGUUAAUUAUAAUUUCUCAAGGGUAUUUGUCGGUAAGACACUUGGCCUGUUUCGUGUGUGUGUAUGUUCAUAUAUAUGUGUGUGUGCUCACCUAUAUGUGGCUGUAAGGAUCGAAUCUUAGUUCCUAGCCCGGCCUGCCUCUCAACUUGCUGCUGUGUUUUCCAUUUUCUCCAAUAUCGAUAGAUUCAAAUCCAUUAGCCUCUCCUGUUAACUCAUGACCUUUAACUCUGAAACAAGGUAUAUACUUAUGCACUUUCUCCUGUGUCUUAACAUACUUCCUCACGUGUGUAUUUCAUACUGGUGCUGCGUACUCCAAGAUAGGCCUGACAUAUGUUGGAUGAAGUGCCCAGAAAAACUAUUUCUUGAGAUUCCUGAAGGCCACUCUUAAAUUUGGAAGGUGAGCAUUGGUUUCAGAUGUUAUUCAGUUGAUGCAAGUCUCUGGCGAAAUACUAAGCACUAUGCUCGUCCCUACGUCUUUCACUUUGAGUGAGGUCUACAACCUCUGUCUUUUGUUCCUUCUCCCGAUCUUCACUACCUUCCAGUCGCUGGGGUUGCAUUCAAGCAGCCACUGUCUG